CCUUACCUUCCUUUUUCUCUCCUUAAUUAAUCCCCCCCAAAAAAAAAAAAAUGGAGUCACAAAUUAGCUUCAUUUUCUGCUCCAUUUUCUUCUCUUUUACCUUCUUGUUUUCCUUUUUUUCUCUCUUGAUUUUUCUCCUGAGGCUGAAAUUCGGGUGUUCCUGCGAAAUCUGUCAGGCUUUUCUCUCAUCAAGGUGGUCCAAAGACUUCGAUAAUCUCUGUGACUGGUACACUCAUCUUCUCCGGAAGUCCCCCACUGGAACCAUCCACAUCCAUGUCCUCCGCAACACGAUCACGGCCAACCCCGCUAACGUCGAGCACAUUCUUAAAACCAGGUUCGACAACUACCCAAAAGGGAAACCUUUCUCUGCGAUUUUGGGCGAUCUUCUCGGCAAAGGUAUCUUCAAUGUCGACGGUGAGUCCUGGAACUUUCAAAGGAAAAUGGCGAGCUUGGAACUCGGUAGCGUCUCUAUUAGACUCUACGCGUUUGAGCUUGUCAAGAUGGAGAUUCAAACCAGACUGAUCCCUCUCCUGUCGUCGUUUGCGAGAAACGGAGACGUUUUGGAUAUGCAGGACGUGUUCCGGCGGUUUUCCUUCGACAACAUUUGUAAGUUCUCCUUCGGGAUCGACCCUGGUUGUCUCAAUUUAUCCUUGCCGAUUUCGAAACUUGCCGUGGCGUUUGAUACUGCCUCGAAAUUAUCGGCAGAAAGAGCCCUGGCGGCGUCGCCCAUUAUAUGGAAGACAAAACGGCUGCUGAACUUAGGAUCGGAGAAGCAGCUGAAAGAAGCCAUUAAAAUGGUGAACCAAUUAGCGGACGAGGUUAUAAACCACCGCCGGAAAAUGGGGUUCUCCGACAAAAACGAUCUUUUAUCGAGGUUUAUGGCGUCCGUCAACGACGACAACUAUCUCAGAGACAUAGUCAUCAGCUUUUUGUUAGCCGGUCGUGACACGGUGGCCUCAGGGUUGACGAGCUUCUUCUGGUUGCUAUCUCAAUCCCCGGAAGUCGAGUCGGCAAUCCAAGACGAGCUGGACAGAAUUAUAGGGCCGAAUCAGGAGCUGGAAGGGUUUGAGUCCAUGAAAGAAUUGCAUUAUCUCCAUGCUGCUUUGUAUGAAAGCAUGAGGCUAUUUCCGCCGGUGCAGUUUGACUCCAAGUUCGCUAAAGACGACGACGUUUUGCCUGACGGUACAUUUGUGAGGGGAGGAACCAGGGUCACCUACCAUCAGUACGCAAUGGGUCGGAUGGAGCGAGUUUGGGGCUCCGACAGCAUGGAGUUCAAGCCAGAAAGAUGGUUGGAAAACGGGAAGUUUGUCCAACAAAAUCCAUUCAAGUAUCCGGUCUUCCAAGCCGGACUUAGGGUUUGUUUGGGGAAGGAAAUGGCAGUGAUGGAGAUGAAAUGUGUGGCCGCUGCCCUCCUGAGGCGGUUCCACAUCCGUGUUGCUGAUCCGAUUCAGGCACCGAGGUUCAUUCCCGGGCUCACGGCCACCGUCAGAGGUGGCUUACCAGUUGUGGUUGAAGAAAGAGAAGUUUAGUUAUAUGUAUAUAUUAAGCAGGUCGUGGUGGGUAGCUGCUAAUAUGUAUCUAGCAUGGGGUCAAAAUGGGGUAACUAUAGACUCCUACUAGGCACAUGUAAAUUAAAUGUGGACAUGGCAGAACUGUCGUUUUCUCGCGAAUGAAUAUUGGAAGACUAA